UUGGACUGCACUAGCUCCACGAGGCUCUUGGGCAGGAGGCAGUUCCACAAGUGUCAACUUUUAAUGCUUCCGUGUGGGAAGCUUAGUAGCUUACCAUUUAUACUAGUACCAGUACGAUAAGAGUGAAGAAGAAGAAUUCCCAAAUUGGAUUUGGGAAAAGAAACUAGGCUGAUAGCAAUGGCAGCUUCUACAGCGACCACGGUAUGCGUAACUGGUGCGGGAGGCUUUGUAGCGUCUUGGCUCGUUAAGCUUCUUCUCUCCAAAGGUUACAUUGUCCAUGGAACAAUAAGACAACCUGGUUCCCAGAAAUAUGAACACUUGCUGAAACUCGAGAGAGCUUCUGAGAACCUCACACUCUUCAAGGCAGAUCUCUUGAAUUACGAAUCUCUUGGCUCUGCAAUUCUCGGAUGCACUGCAGUUUUCCAUGUUGCUAGCCCUGUACCCUCAAUAGUCGUACCCGACCCUCAGGUAGAAGUGAUUGAGCCUGCUGUGAAAGGAACCACUAAUGUACUUGAAGCUUGCCUUGAAGCUAAAGUGCAACGAGUUAUCCUUGUAUCUUCUGCAGGUGCUGUUUGCAUAAACCCGAAUUUGCCUAAAGAUAAAGUGAUUGAUGAGUCCUAUUGGUCUGAUAAAGAUUACUGCAGAAGAACUAAGAACUGGUACUGUUUUUCCAAGACAGAGGCAGAGGAGCAUGCCCUAGAAUUUGGAAAAAGAAGUGGGCUUGAUGUGGUAAGAAUUUGUCCUACCCUUGUGUUGGGGCCGAUUUUACAGUCAACCACUGUCAAUGCAAGUAGCUUGGUUCUGCUCAAACUUUUAAAAGGUUGUGAUUCAAUGGAGAAUAAGAUUCGUUGGAUAAUCGAUGUACGGGAUCUAGUUGAUGCAAUACUUUUGAUUUAUGAGAAGCGUGAGGCAGAAGGAAGAUACGUAUGCAGUUCAUAUACCAUCAAGACACGAGAUUUGGUGGAGAAACUAAAGAGUAUAUAUCCCAACUACAAGUAUCCUGCAAACUUUACUGAGGUGGAUGAUUACGUAAGUUUCAGCACAGAGAAACUGCAAAGGUUGGGUUGGAAAUACAGGCCGCUAGAGGAAACACUCGUUGAUUCUGUUGAAAGCUAUAAGGAGGCUGGGCUCCUGCAAUCAGAAUGAAUGUCACUUUGUUAUAUAUAUCAAUAUCAUGUCCCUUACAAAAGGGAUUUAUGAGUCUGUUUCAGUUGUUACAUGUUCUUGUGCUGUUAAAAUUGUUACCUAUUUACUCUUUUGUAAUAAUUAUAACAAAUCAUAUGAAUGAUAUUUUGUUUUUAUCUUUCCGUUAAAAUAAUGGGUUCUUUAAUUAACUUA